AUGAAUAUUUCAGUCCCCAAAUACCCAAAAUACAUGGUGGAAGAGGGCUCCAAACAGAACACACUCUUGAUGGAGGACGAAAUUCUGUUGUACACCAACUGGGAUGACGUCAAAUGCCCCAUAUGCCUCGACUCCCCACACAACGCUGUCCUCCUCCAAUGCUCGUCUUACGGAAAUGGGUGCCGCUCGUUUGUGUGCGACACAGACCACUUGCACUCAAACUGCCUCAACCGCUUCAAACAAGCCAACGGGAUGCCGUCUGGCCGGAAACUUCCGAGCAUCUCUGAAAAUCUGCAGUCGUUAGAUUCUUCGCCACCCGACGGCAAGCCUGCCUGCCCUCUGUGCAGGGGAGAAGUUUCCGGAUGGAUAGUGGUCCACAAGGCCCGUGCACACUUAGACGAGAAAAACCGGUGCUGUGAGGAAGACAAAUGCCGUUUCUCCGGAACCUACACGGAGCUCCGGAAGCACGUGCAGCUCGAGCACCCGUACGCGUGUCCUUCUAAAAUUGACCCGGCCCGCCAGCUGGACUGGGAGAACUUCCAGCAGUCGUCCGAGAUAAUCGAUGUCUUGAGCACGAUACACUCGGAAAUCCCGCGUGGCGUGGUUUUGGGGGAUUACGUGAUAGAAUAUGGGGAUGAUGAUAACUCGGGGGACGAGUUUGAGGAUUUUCGUGGGGCCGAGGGGAACUGGUGGAAAUCUUGCAUUUUGUAUCAAGUGUUUGAGAAGUUCAGGGCUUCCAGGAACAGGAGGAAGUCGAGGGUGGGCGGGACCCACAGGUUGAGUUAUGAUGCCUCGUAUUCGGACGAGGGCUCGGUUUCGUCAGUGGAGUACGGGGAUUAUAGGGCAAACGAGGCCGAGGAUGAUUUUGUGAACUUGAGGAGGCUGGCUGAGGGAAGGGCCCGACAGAGGUGA